AUGUCCCUACGUUCACUGCUUGUCGGAUUGGCACUGGCCGGCUCAGGCUUUUCGCUGGUUUCGCAAGAUGGACGCACAGGCCGUCUACCAGCUAUGGGCUGGAGUACAUGGAACGAGUAUGAAUGCGCCAUCAACGAGACCGUCAUCCUGGAGGUCGCUGAACUCCUCAUUUCUCUCGGCUUGAAAGAUCUCGGCUACAAUUAUGUGAAUAUAGAUGAUUGUUGGUCUGACAAAUCUCAUCAGCGCGACAACGUCACAGGAAGGAUCCGUCCUGACUAUGCCAAGUUUCCGAGUGGCAUCAAGCACACAGCGGACGAAGUUCAUAAGCUCGGGUUGAAAGUCGGCAUCUACGGUGAUGCUGGCGACACGACAUGCGGUGGAUAUGCUGGCUCUUUGGGACACGAGGAAGUAGAUGCUAGGACCUUUGCCGAUUGGGGCAUCGACUAUCUCAAGUACGAUAACUGCGCGGUCCCUGACGAAUGGGACGACGAGUACCGAUGGUGGCCGGAGAAUUGGCUCGGAGGCCCUCCUGCUGAGGAUCAGAGCGCCGGCGGUGACGGUGAAGCUCGGCCUGUUCCAGCGCCCGCAGAAUAUGAUUGGACGACUUCGAAGAGCUUCACGCGGUAUAAGACCAUGAGUGAUGCACUCCUCGCGACAAAUCGUACGAUUGAAUACUCGCAAUGUGCCUGGGGCCAUGCCCACAUCGAGCAGUGGGGCAACGAUACUGGACAUAGCUGGCGCAUGUGGGGAGACAUCUACCCAGAGUGGUACGGCAAACAUCAGUAUUCUUGGGGCAUCAUGCCGAUUCUCAAUCAUGCCUCCUUUUACAACAAUGAAACCAACUUCUGGGGACACGGCGACUGGGAUAUGCUUGAGGUCGGCAAUGGAAACCUUACCCUCCAAGAGAGUCGAUCCCACUUCGCUCUCUGGGCCGCUCUGAAGUCGCCUCUCAUCAUCGGUACCCCGCUUCACGGCAUCGAAUCGGAAAUCCUAGAGAUUCUGAGCAAUAAAGAACUCAUCGACUUCAAUCAAGAUCCAAUCGUCGGCGCUGCAGCCAAACCGUACAAGUGGGGUAUCAACGCCGACUGGACUUGGAAUCAAUCGCAUCCCGCUGAGUACUGGAGUGGACAGUCUUCCAAGGGUGUGUAUGUUUUUGCAUUGAACACACUGAAUGCGACCCAGACCAAGGUCAUUGACUUCGCAGAAGUGCCUGAGUUGAAGGCCGACGCUGAAUACACUGUGUUCAACUCGUGGACGGGAGAAAAGCAGGGAAACUUCAAAGGACGGUACGAAGCGGUUGUCGAAUCACAUGACACCGCGGUCAUUCGACUGGUUGAGACGAGCGACAUGGGCUAUGCUUCGUCGUACGAUCAAUUAUAAGUCGUAAUAUGUGGGAUGAAAACGCGACGGUUGACGCGAUUUCGACGCGUCGUGAUGUCGUCACCUGGGGUGGUUAGAAUUGGUGUCGCAAUCUUCCAAGAUAUUAUAAAGGCAGAAGUAUACAUUGUCUUCGCAACUAGUUACUUAUUAAAGUCUAGACGCAUGUAAGCGACAGCCUCAGAUCGACUCUACGUCAACUCGCGCUUCGACCCCGGGCUUGACCGUUGGAUACAUGUGCGGGGUAAUGUACUCCGUAGAGCUCGUAUUGCUACAUCCUCCUCAUGCAGCGAUAAUACAUCAUGGUGCAUAUCUUAUUUUCCGAGGCUAAAUACAAUAGGGUGUUCUACGGAUCUACUCCGGGCCAGGACGCCUAGGCGAAGCUACUCAACAUGCAAGACCAUGCAAGACACCAAGCAAUGCGUAC